GUGGUGCUCUGGGUCUCCAGCUCUGCCCGGCAGCUGAAAUCUCCAGCUCGCUGAACAUCUGCGAGACAAAUUUCCCAUGUUCUCCUGUAUCUGAACGCUGCCUGACUGCACCGGGAACAUGGGCACGGGGGAUUAUCUCUGCAUUGCUAUGAGCGGAGGGGCGCCUUGGGGCUUUAGACUGCAAGGUGGCAAGGAGCAAAAGCAGCCUUUGCAGAUCGCCAAGGUUCGCAGCAAAAGCAAAGCAGCCAAGGCCGGGCUGUGUGAGGGGGAUGAGGUGGUGUCCAUCAACGGCAAGCCCUGUGGAGACCUGACCUAUGCUGAGGUCAUCGUUCUCAUGGAAAGCCUGACUGACGUCCUGCAGAUGCUUAUCAAGAGAUCCUCCAGUGGAAUAAAUGAAACCUUGAGUGCUGAAAGAGCAAAUGGAAAGCCUGAGAACGUGAAAAAUGAGGACUACAGGGAGAACGCCACACUGCAAAUGAACACAGCGACAGAGAUACCCCAUGGAGAUUUAUGCAUCACAGAGAUAUACAGUGGCACUCACCAGGGAGCAGCAGAAAGCAACGUAAACUUUUCUGAGACAAAACAAGAGACCACACAAAGCCCCAGAAUUACUCCUAAAGUGAUAGGUGCCUCCAAAGUGCUCGUGGCAGACGAGGCUGCUCUCAGAGGGAAGACAGAAGAAAGAAGGCCAGGUACUGUGGUUGAGCUGCAGCUGUCCCUCUCCAAUGACACACACAAGGGCAGCAGUGCUCCUGCUGUGACUCUCCUGGGGGCAGAGAAAAGCCCCCCUUCAGCAAGAGGAGCCAGUGGACAACAGGACGGGAGCAGCCCCCUCAUCGCAAUCCCCCUGGGUGGGAAAGAGGGGCACGUCCAGUGGUCAAACAAAGUAGUCCAGUUUUCCAGCAGUAAAGAGGUCAAGAGGAUCCAAGGUGCAGUUCCAUCUAUCCCCAGGGUGGAGGUGAUCCUAGACUGUUCAGACAGGGAGCAGGAAGCGCCCAGGUCUCUGUCUGACAGGGGGUGUGUUGAUUCUCAAGCAGAAGGAGGGCAGUCAGAAGCACCUCCUUCCCUCCUCUCCUUUGCAAUCUCACCAGAAGGCACAGAGCAGGGAGAAGACAACAAGCCCUCGGAAAAGGAACACAGACCUCUCAAGCACAGGGCAAGGCACGCAAGGCUCCGACGAAGUGAGAGCCUGUCGGAGAAGCAGGUCAAGGAAGCCAAAUCUAAAUGUAAAAGCAUUGCACUGCUGCUGACAGCAGCUCCCAACCCCAAUUCCAAGGGGGUGUUGAUGUUCAAGAAGCGCCGCCAAAGGGCGAGGAAAUACACUUUAGUGAGCUACGGCACGGGGGAGUUAGAACGGGACGAGGACGAGGGCGAGGAGGGCGAAGGUGAAGAGGGGGACAAAGAAAACACCUUCGAAGUGAGUUUGCUUGCCACCAGCGAGUCAGAAAUAGAUGAGGAUUUCUUCUCUGACAUUGACAAGGACGGUAAGAUCGUGACCUUUGACUGGGACAGUGGUCUACUGGAGGUUGAGAAGAAGACAAAGAGCGGAGAGGAGAUGCAGACGCUCGCAGACAGCACCGGGAAAGGGGCCCUCAUGUUUGCCAAGAGACGGCAGAGGAUGGAUCAGAUUACAGCGGAGCAAGAGGAGAUGAAGGCCAGCACAGUGCAGACAGAGGAACACAGGGAAAUCACGGUGACAGAGAACUUCCAGAAAGUAAGCUCUUCAGUCUAUCAAUCAAAGGAGGAGGAAACAUCGAGACAGCAGACCUGCGUGAGCAAAAGCUACACAGACGUGAGCCAGAACCACAGCAAAACGGUGCAACAAAACGGCUUUGGCUUAGCACCAGGCACAAGCCUCCCUUUUCAGCCCUCUGGAGCCCCCAGAGCACCAUCUUUGAAUAUAACAGCUAAACCCUUCCCUUCUGGGGUUCAAAACCGAGCAGCUGCACCGUUUUCACCUGUCAGAAAUGUCACUAGUCCUCUUUCAGAUGCAGCAGCACCGCCUCCCUACUGCUCUGUCAGCCCACCAGCCGAGGCUUUCUACAGACCUGUCUCAGCUCCUGUGGCCAGCAAGGCUGCCCCAAGCCUGUGGGCACCCCCGGAGCCCACGGAACACAUAGCAUCCAGGGAUGAGAGGAUUGCCGUGCCAGCCAAAAGAACUGGCAUACUGCAAGAGGCCAAGAGAAGAAGCACUUCAAAACCCAUGUUCAACUUCAAAGAUGCACCCAAAGUAAGUCCUAAUCCCGCCCUGUUGUCCCUCGUACACAACUCAGAGGGCAAAAAGGGUGCUGGAGCUGGUUUUGAGUCAGGACCUGAAGAAGACUACCUCAGUUUGGGAGCAGAAGCUUGCAACUUCAUGCAGACUCAAGCAUCUAAACAAAAGGCCCCUCCUCCCGUUGCUCCAAAACCUUCACUCAAGGUCUCUCCUUCCGCCGGUGCUCCAGUUUCACCGGUUUGGUCACCUUCAGCCGCGGCUCCUAACAAGGCUCCCUCUUUCCCAGCACCAGCCUCACCUCAGGCAGCAUAUCCUGCACCACCGAAAUCUCCCCAGUAUCCUCAUUCUCCCACCCAUCCCCCAAGCACUCUCAACUUAGCCGGUCCUUUCAAAGGGCCCCAGGCGAGCCUGGCAAGUCCCAGCUAUGCCCCAAAGCCAACGCCAGUCACGCCAAGCGCUGGGGAAACGAAGCCACCCUUUGAGAUGCCACCGGCCAUGAGCGGCAAAGGAGCACAGCUGUUUGCCAGGAGGCACUCCCGGAUGGAGAAGUACGUGGUGGAUUCAGAGACUGUGCAGGCAAACAUGGCACGAGCCUCAUCUCCGACUCCGUCUUUGCCAGCUUCCUGGAAAUACUCAUCCAACGUCCGAGCACCUCCACCUGUUGCCUACAAUCCCAUCCACUGCCCAUCUUACCCUCCUGCUGCUUCCAAGGCUUCCUCUAAGUCUGCUGCUGCCACCAAAAACACGAAAAGAAAACCUAAGAAAGGUCUCAAUGCUUUGGAUAUUAUGAAACAUCAACCUUAUCAACUCGAUCCAUCUUUAUUUACUUUCCAACCUCCUAAGGAAAGCCUUGCCAUGAAGCAGACAUCGAAGCUGUCCCCUUCCAAGCAAGCUCUACCUUUGCCUACCUUCCUCCCACCCGGUGCUGGCUCUCCCACCAGGGCCCGGCCAUCUUCAGUGUACUCCGUGCCAGCCUACGGCUCCCAACCUCCGUUCCAGUCCAAUGCCUCUCUCCCAGUAAAUGAAUCAUAUUCACCUACAGGCUACUCUGCAUUUUCUAAGCCAGAAACCACCACCCCCUCUUUGUUUACUGCUCCGAGGCCAAAAUUUUCAGCCAAGAAAGCUGGAGUCACUGCACAGGGAAGAAGCAGCGGCCGCUCGUUAUCACUUCCUGGGAGACCUUCUUCAUUCAUCCCUCGAGCCAUGUCUCCUACUUCUCCUCUUAUAUUCCAGCCUGCCCCUGAUUACUUCAGCAAGCCAGACACAGCAGCUGACAAGCCUGGCAAAAGACUGACUCCCUGGGAAGCAGCAGCACGAUCUCCCCUCGGCCUGGUGGAUGAAGCUUUCGGCCCCCAAAACAUGCAGGAAUCCAUUGCUGCUAACGUGGUAUCGGCUGCCCGCAGGAAAACGCUUCCUGAGCCACCAGAGGAAUGGAAACAAAAGGUUUCUUACGAGCCUCCAGCCCCAGGUGGUAGCGCAGCCUUGCUGGGGGGGAAGCAGUCGGGUGUCGUGCCACCCCAAAAAAGCUCCCUGUCUGCCCUCGGUGCUCCCUCCCAGGCUGGCUCCCAGCUGCAGUAUCCUUACUGCAGCCAGCGCUCCCGAACAGAUCCCGACAUAAUGUCCGUGGAUUCCAGGUCUGACUAUUGCCUGUCAACAGCUGAUUCAAACUACAACCCACAGCCAAGGGGAUGGAGACGUCCAACAUGAGCAGCUGAAGGGCCUGCUGCGUUUUGCCUUCUUCCAGCUCUACAAGCCUUAAGAUCUGAGUUGGAGAAGGAAGGUUUCUUGCUGGCCUGACGAUCUCUGAACUAAAGAAGUGAGGAGGUAGAAUUGAAAGGAGCACAGUUUUCACGUGACUGCAGGGCCUGAAGCCUCUAGAAUAGACUCAGUUUUACACCUAGGAUUGUUCUGUUUGUCAAAAGGGCAAAAAUACACAUUUCUUGGGGUGAAGGGGAGGGGAUGAAAGUGGGGCAAUCCAUGUGCUCGAUGCGAAAAUCUAGAAAGGAUGUAGAAAGUGACAGUACAAGUGACAGUACAAGUUGAGUUAAUGUGAAGAAAAAAAAUGUAAAAUAAGGGCAUUUUAAAGGCAAAAAGUAUUUUACAGGAUCUUGUAGGUUUUCUGGGUAUGGUUGACAUGAGUUCCAAGGUACUAAAUAUAGCCAGCUUUGAAGAAGUUCCAAUGGAAGUGGAAUACUUCGGAGCACUGCCUUAUUUGCCAUAUGUUUUCUUUACUGUGUUUUUAUAAUGAGCUAAGAAAGUAGAUCAGUGGAUAUUUUUACUGUGGCAACAGCUAAAAUACAUCUGUGGUCAUGGUAUCUGAAUCAGCCACAGCAUGCAGAUACAGGAAAUCUUACACAGUCACCCAUUUCAGAUGGAUUCCAGGACAGUUUCGAUGCAGUUUUACAUAUUGCAAUUAAUCACAGGCUCUGAAAGCACCAGGAAGGAAGGAAGGGGUUGUGAGUAGAGGUCAGUACCAUGAUACUUGAACAACAAAAUAGCUGAGGAAUGUAUUUAAACUGGACUGCAAGUUAAUUUUGUAAUAAAUUAUCCAACAGGUGAGAGGCUGAACAGCCUUUAUUUCUCUGUGAAAUGCACCAAUUGCUGAGCAUUUACUGCUGCAGUGCCUGCUCACGGGACUGGCUGGGCAGUUCCUUGUAGGAACUGAGUAGCUCAGUGUUUAGAAAGCUUUUGAGUUGUAUUUGAAAGACAGAGAUUGGUUGUUCAUCAAGGGCAAUACCUGCUCUCUGUAGAAAAUGGUACGUGAGAGAGGGUUUCUGACAGGUGUUACGUGGUAUGAGUCUGGUACCAAUAGCAAAUAUUUGGAUGGUUGGUUAUACUUAAAUGAUCUCGAUGGGCCUGAAGAGAUGGUGAAUAAUUUAUGCUGGUGAUAAAUACCUUGCAUUUACAGCUCAUUUAAACAAUAGAAAUACUUGGCUAAAAAUAUAUGUAUUCAAGCUUAUUUGGGUAGUUUAGAUGUUGUUAAAGCAUUAAAUGGACACCCCAAGUUUUGCGAAGUGCUCUCAGUCCUCCUUGUUUGUGGGGAAUUCUUCAAGGAUCUGUCAAGCACAGUCAACUACAAUUACUGCAGAAGCACAGUUAACUAUCCUUAGUUUAAGUAAGGUUGUCAACUGUGAGUGAAGUGAUUAGAUCAGAAAGAACUAAAACAUACAUGCAGUAAGAAAAAGCAUAUUACAAAACAUUCCCAUCUGCAAAGAUUUUUCCCUUUUAGCAAUUAUAAAACAUAAUUGGUAGGAAGGAAAAAGGCAAAUUGAAUCCAAGUUCAGUGGAGUUGGAAUUUCCCAUAAAAGCAAAUAAUUACAUGAAAAAUAUACCCCUAAUGAGUUUCAAUUGGCAGUAUUUCUCUAGUCAAACAGAAGUCUCCCUGAAAUCAACUGAUCCUUCUGGCCAAGCAGGAAAUGUAGACACGAGAGUUGUAUCCUUUAGACCAUGAUUACAUUGCUGGAGCACCUCACAGAUGUCACAAAAUACAGAUUUGGGGAAAAAAAAAAAGAUAAUUUAGAAAAAUUACAUGAACAGAGCUGAAAUGAGCUUUGUACCUCAGGGUCAUACAUGCAGAAAAUCAGAGUAAAUUUGCCUGCCACACAGGCAAAACUAAAUGUUUCUCUGCAGAGUCCCUUUUAUCACAACUGGGAAUAUUCCUACUAAAACCAGUGGGACUGUGAAAGACCCAUUAGCCUCGAGGGCUUAUCUUUGGCUUAUCUCCCUAGAAGAACAUGUUAAGUUUUCACUUAAUGGCAGUGAAAUUAUGAUUCAAAUUUCAAUUCAGUGAAAUUCAUAAUUGCAGGUCUUGGCUAAUCCAUAACUACAUGUGUGUUUCCCAGCAGGCCUACAUUCUGGGAAGUCUGUACUGCUGACAGAUUUUGCUGAACUGUGGUCCCUAUUACCACAAAAAAAUGGUUCCCUGCAUCCAGGUUUCUGUUCUGAACCGUUUCCUUUACAUCAUUAAACAGGAAACCAGAUUAUGAGUAUGCAGAAAGGCAUAUUAUUACCAUUAUCACCGUUAUUUUAAUUCUCAGAAUCAGAUACCUGACUUUUAAAUUCACAUUGAAACUAGUGCUGUGAAUUCUAAUUUCUACCAGAAGGAAACUUGUGCUUUACUUGUGUUUUAAGGUACAUGCAAUUAAAACUUGAUGAAAGUAUUUUAAAACUUCGAUGUUGCAAGAAAAAGUUAUGAUAUGAGCUGAUAUUAAAAAGGCUUUAAUGCUGUGACCACACGGCAAUAUGGGAAAACAUACUCUAGGAUGAUGCCUUAAUUCUGCACCCAAAAUAUGCAACAAACAUAAGCAAAGAGUGUCAGACAGAAUCACUGCCUUUCUGUCAAUCUCCCAAGAAAAACAAAGUGCAGACUUAUCAUUUUCUUCUAUUCACAAGAAGGAACUUAUCACUGAGUAAUUCUGUGAAUGGGAGAAUUCCUGACAUUGAGUUCCAUGUCCCUCUCGUAGCUAAAUCAUAGAUUAACUCCAGUGUUUAACAUGAUCUACUACAGAUUUUUUUUUCCCCUCCUGCUGAGGAUUUGCCAGCUCCCUUUCCCAUGUGGAUUCUCUCCUAUCUAACAGGGAGUGAGUUCACACUGCAGCAUUUCCCUCAAUAGCAACACUGGUAAGUGGAUCUGGCCUCCACCCAGCUGUCUAUUUUUACAAAGUCUCUGGGCGAUGGAUUGUCUUGGAGAUCUAUUCCUCUGCCCCACAGAAAUGAAAUUAAUAAACAUUUCUGGAUUUCUUAGAGGGAGGACAGACAUACAGACAGGCAUGCAGACAGGUCACACAGCAUUGUUUAGAAGGAAAUCAGGCUAAAUCCAGACUGGGACCAUGGACUGAUUUCAAAGGAAGCAGCAGGCCCGGACCAGUAAAUGAAAUAUUAAUGCAUCAGAGUUUUAUGAAGGGUCCCACAGCAUUUUUCACUUUCUGUUCUUCACCCCAUUUCUUCACUAGCCAAGCGUCUUUCUAUCAAAUAGUUGUGACUGUUGUGCCUGAGUUCUGAAUAUGUUAAUGCAAGCAUUUCUUACAUUUGUUUUUGAAUGCACAGACCUGCUCAGUAAACGUGAGGAAAAAGUUCUCUUGAUGCUGGCUUUGUGUUCACCCUCAGAGGUGUCCCUGUUAAUAACAUGCAGAGCAUUUGAAAACACAAUAUAACUGAAAAUUUAGUUUCUUUAGUUAUGUUAGGUGAUGAUGUUCACAACUCUUGUUCAUACUUUGUUUUCAUUUUGGUUUGCUUUAACACCAAAUAUCUACUCACGUUGCAUUUCUGCCUAGUAGCAAAGACUGUGUUAUCUUUAUAAAAGACUUUUCACUUCUAAAGACUUUUGCUCACUGCAAAGGACACUUUACUUGAGCCUGCAUGCCAGAGAUGUAAAUUGUAUCAUAUAAUAAAGUGAUUUGACCAAUCAGAUGAGAAACACAAUUUUGUUCUCCCUAAAUUCUUGUCUGUUUGUUUAAAUAAUCUGAACCCAAGUAAAGCCUAAUCUCUUUUUUUCUGCACCAUUUUUAGACUCACUGACUUUGCCUGUCAGUGACCUCGUGCUGGUAUGAGCCUCUAGAAGCUUAAAUCAGCAUCAGGUCAAAAGGCAACUUAUCAAAUUCAGUGGAAUUUCAUUUCCACACUGACUAAGCAGAGAAAGGAAACACAGUGAAGCACAAUCCACCCAGGUUAAGUAAUACCCUAAAAACUGCAACUAAUAUCUAUUUACUAUUGUUACUUCUCUACCUUACAUGCACCUAAACCUCUGUUUAGUUCCUGUGGGUUUGUCCAUUGCUAUAUUCUCUUACUGUUUAUUCUC